AAAACUUACAUGGAUUCCAAUAGGGCACCGGACAAGGCAUCGGACAGAUGCUCGUGCCCUCCAUCAACUAUCAUGACGUAGCGAACCCGGAAGACGUGUGAUUGCUGUCAAUGCCAACGACAGAGAGAAGGCACCGAGAGCUAAAAGCCCGCAUUUAAGACAAGAUGGCAGGACUGCCCCGCAGGAUCAUUAAGGAAACCCAGCGCUUGCUGGCAGAGCCCGUUCCAGGCAUCAAGGCAGAGCCAGAUGAAGGCAACGCCCGCUAUUUUCAUGUGGUCAUUGCUGGACCUCAGGACUCACCCUUUGAAGGAGGCACAUUCAAACUUGAGCUCUUUUUACCAGAAGAAUAUCCCAUGGCAGCCCCUAAAGUACGGUUCAUGACCAAAAUAUAUCAUCCCAAUGUGGACAAACUGGGAAGAAUAUGUCUGGACAUUUUGAAAGAUAAAUGGUCACCCGCUCUUCAGAUUCGUACAGUGUUGCUAUCAAUCCAGGCUUUACUAAGUGCGCCCAAUCCUGACGAUCCCCUAGCAAACGAUGUGGCCGAAAAGUGGAAGUCCAGUGAAGCUGAAGCCAUAGAAACAGCCAAGACAUGGACCAGGCUUUAUGCUGGCAACAAAAACGAAGUGUAAGGCCGACAGAUGGAGACACAAGAGAAAGUCAAGUGUAUGAACACAACUUGUGCUGCCAAGACCUCCUCCUGCUUCAUUUGCAUUUAAAGGACACAGUCUUUUAUUUUAUGUGUACAUAUAUAUAUACAUAUAUGUAUGUAUGUAUGUAUGUAUGUAUAUAUACAUAUAUAUAUAUACACGUAUGUAUGUAUAUAUAUAUAUAUAUAUGACAACUUUAAAACAACUGCUGAUAUUUGGUGAUUUAAAUGCACACUAGUAAUGAAAUGACUCGUCUAUGUCCUAACUCACUACUAUUCAAAUGCAUGGGCAGAGAUUUAGAUCUACUCACCAGGCUCUCUUUGUCUGACGGGGGGUCUUAGAUCCCACACAUUUGGGGGUAAUGUGGGUUUUUGGGGGGUGGCAGAGAGGUAGACCGAGUGGGGGGGAUGAGAGACUGGCUAGAUGUGGUCAAUAUAAUAUCCUUUUUUAUGUUUCUUUUAACUUUUUGUUUUCUUGUGUCGCUGUUUGUUGCCUAAAAGCAGCUAACUACUACUAGGCCGCUGUAUGUAGAAACUCACCCGGGCAGUUUGGUCCUCUGCAUAUCGCCCAGCAGGACUCCAACAAUCAUUGCUCUUCUUUAAGUCACAUUUGGCUUCAUUAGGUAUAAAUAGAUAGGACUAAAAACCAAACUGAGCCGGUGCCACUUUGUCUCUUUAACCACUUUCAGUGUAGACUUGCAUGUACUCCCGGCCUCUGGACAGCGAGAGCACGGUGGCUUCCAUAAACGUCGAGGACCUUAGUUUCAGCACAUGCAGCGUCUGUUAUUACAAAAUCCUUUUUUAUUUUUACCUGAUCUUUUCAUACUCCAUGCACUAAUUACUCUUUCUAUUACUUUUUCAUCUUUUUAUGUCAUCUCAGUCUUAUUCAGCAAGACUUAGUGGUUUACCUACUUCCAGUGGUAUUUAUUUCACAAAGCAGCGGUUACAUUUGAGCCAUCAGUGGUCUGGCAAUGUGAGUGGAGACUGCACUGCUGGGAUAAGAGUUUUGGGGGCAGUGGCGUUAAAUACAUGCUGGACUGACGACAGAUCAAACUCCAACAGCUUUGACUUUAGACUGCUGUAAUUGGUCUGCUUUCAGUUCACUGUGUAAAUUAAUUCAGCCUCUCGGGAUCUCAAAUGAAAACGGUUUCCUGCUCCCAGAAUGCUAUGAAACAGUUCACCUUCAUACUUGUAUGUUCUGUAAAUAAAGUCUG